AUGGAGUUAGAAUUCGCCACACUCGAUGUCUUCACAGCGAAGCGCCUGGAGGGCAAUCCUCUAGCUGUGGUCAAAGUCCCCGCAUCUCUGAAGGACAAGCUCUCCCAGGACCAAAAGCAACAAAUUGCGAAAGAAUUUAACCUGUCAGAGACUACCUUCCUACACCUACCUGACGAUAGCGGGGCCAGUCCCGAUGCGUUGACUGUUGAUAUCUUCACCAUCGAGCACGAGCUGCCGUUUGCCGGACACCCCACAAUCGGCACCGCCGUUCUCGCAAAAUACCAUCUGUUCCCGUCCGUGGGCACUCUCAACAUCAAAGCCGGGCCCAUCGGGCUGGAGGCUAGCAAUGACGAGAGGCAGUUUAUCCGUGCCAAGAUCCCGCAUAAUGUCCAUCUGCACAGCAAGACUCUUGCGGACGUGAUCCCCAAGGACCAGGUCGCAUCCUUUCCCGGCUUGUCUCACGACGAUGCCGAGAUCAGGGAGGCAGAGCUCAGGGCACCAGUCUUUAGCAUUGUCAAGGGCAUGACGUUCGUCCUGGUCAAGCUGGAGUCUCUUGAGCAGCUGGCCAGGAUCGGACAGACUAGGCUCAACUUCAAGGCUACGUCGCUCCUGGAUGAAGACUGGGCUCCCAGCUUCGUUUCGCGCUAUUACUACGUCGACCAGGGCGUCGGCAAGGGCAGUGAUGGGCAGGAGGUCAGAAACAUCCGGACGCGCAUGGUUGAGUUGGACUUUGAGGACCCGGCAACGGGUAGUGCCGCGAGCACUUUGGCUGCGUACCUGACGGCGGCGGAGAAGAGUAAGAGCGUCAGCUUUAAGGUCGUGCAAGGCGUAGAGAUGGGGAGACGGAGCGAGAUUUAUGUUCAGACGGAAGCGGACGAGGAUGGUGAAGGUAAUUUGAAGCUAAAGGACCUUUGGCUAGGCGGCGAAGCGGUCAUUGUUCAGAAAGGUCACAUCACGGUCGACUAA